UACGUCGUCACGUUUUCCGGGUGGCCAUGUUGGCUUCUUGCGUAAUGUAGCUAGGACGAUAUCACUAUGGAAAGGACUCUCUGACCACGGUGAAACUUACCUUCGGAACAGAAAGGUGCGAGUCUGACACCAUGUUGGCACGUCUGUUCAGGCUGCACGGCCUGCUGGUGGCCUCCCACCCGUGGGAGGUGAUAAUAGGCACCCUUGCCGCCACCGUCUGCCUCAUGUCCAUGAACGGCCUUGCAGCCAACAGCCAGAUGUGCAGCUGGAACGAAUGUCCCAAAGUGGAAGAGAAAGUCCACAGCAGUGAUGUCAUCAUCUUAACGGUCACACGCUGCAUCGCGAUCGUUUACAUCUAUUUCCAGUUUAAGAAUCUUCGGCAGCUGGGAUCCAAAUAUAUACUGGGUAUCGCAGGUUUAUUCACGGUGUUUUCCAGCUUUGUUUUCAGUACGGUGGUCAUCCACUUCUUCGGGAAAGAGCUGACGGGCCUCAAUGAAGCGCUGCCGUUCUUCCUCCUGCUCAUCGACCUGUCCAAAGCCUGCGCGUUGGCCAAGUUCGCCCUCAGCUCAAACUCUCAGGAGGAGGUCAGGGAGAAUAUCUCCCAGGGCAUGGCCAUCCUGGGUCCCACCUUCACCCUGGAUGCUCUGGUGGAGUGUCUGGUCAUCGGGAUCGGCACCAUGUCGGGUGUUCCUCAGUUAGAGAUCAUGUGUUGUUUUGGCUGUAUGUCCGUUCUGGCCAAUUACUUUGUCUUCAUGACCUUCUUCCCUGCCUGCGUCUCGCUGGUCCUGGAGCUGUCCAGAGAAAGUCGUGAAGGCCGUCCUAUCUGGCAGCUGAGCCACUUCGCCCGUGUGCUGGCUGAAGAAGAGGACAACAAACCGAAUCCUGUCACCCAGAGGGUUAAAAUCAUCAUGUCUCUGGGCCUGGCUUUGGUUCACGCUCACACUCGACUAGCAGCCGAGCGUUCGGGUCACAACCGCACCGUGGAGGGACCCGUAGAGAAGAGACUGGACUCCGGCGGCACCAUGUGGCCUCUGCAGCUCUCCAGCAUGGACCUGGAGCAGGUGAUAACUCUGGGUCUGGCCCUGCUCCUGGCCGUGAAGUACGUCUUCUUCGAGCAAACGGAGACAGAGUCCUCCCUGUCCCUCAAGAGUCCCAUUAUCAGCUCCCCUCCCACCCAGAAGCCCAGAGCAGCCGAGGACUGCUGCAGGAGGGAAUUCCCACCUCAGAAACCCCAGAACAGCACCACAGCAACUGACCCUCCCUCCUCCUCCUCCGCGGCCGCGUCAGACUCUAAACUUUCCACUGAGGCCGGCACGCCGUUCAGAGAGAAGGAUGUGACUCAACCUAAAGCAGCCUCGGGGGAGAACAUCGGCCCCUGUGUUUCAUGUUUCGAGGAGUCUCUCGCUCCUUGUAGCUCUAAUCCGGAGCCCCGACCGCUGGAGGAAUGCAUGAGCAUCCUCUCAGAUCCUCAGAGAGGUGCUCGUUUCCUUAGCGACACAGAGGUGAUGAACCUCGUCGCCUCGCGUAACAUCUUGAACUAUAAGCUGGAAACUGUCCUGGAGACUCCGGAGAGGGGCGUGGCCAUCAGGAGGGAAUUGUUAUCACCUAAGCUACCCGUCGCCUCCGCCUUGACUCAUCUGCCUUAUAAAGACUACGACUACUCGAAGGUGAUGGGAACCUGCUGCGAGAACGUCAUCGGCUACAUGCCGGUGCCGGUAGGAGUGGCUGGUCCUCUUCUGUUGGAUGAGAAGCAGUUACACAUUCCCAUGGCGACCACAGAGGGCUGCCUGGUGGCGAGCACGAACAGAGGAUGCAGGGCGCUUUCUCUGAGCGGUGGAUGUCGCAGCAGGAUCCUAGCUGACAGUAUGACCCGGGGUCCUGUUGUGAGGCUGCCCUCAGCGUGCCGGGCCGCAGAGGUCAAAGUCUGGCUCGAGACCUCCGAUGGUUUCAGCGCGAUCAAAGAGGCCUUCGAACAGACCAGCAGGUUCGCUCGUCUGGAGAAGCUGAUGGUCGGCUUAGCCGGGAGGAACUUGUACAUCCGCUUCCAGUCGCAGACAGGAGACGCCAUGGGCAUGAACAUGCUCUCCAAGGGGAGCGAGCAGGCUCUGCUCAGGCUCAAGCAGCAGUAUCCAGAAAUGGAGGUGUUGUCCGUCAGCGGCAACUACUGCACCGACAAGAAGUCUGCCGCCAUAAACUGGAUCAUGGGCCGCGGCAAGUCUGCUGUGUGUGAGGCCACCGUCCCCGCCAAGGUGGUCAGAGAGGUGCUGAAGAGCAGCACGGCGGCUCUGGUGGAGCUCAACAUCAACAAGAACCUGGUGGGCUCGGCCAUGGCGGGAAGCAUCGGGGGCUUUAAUGCUCAUGCUGCCAACAUUGUAGCAGCCAUCUACAUCGCCUGCGGACAGGACCCGGCUCAGACGGUGGGGAGCUCCAACUGUAUCACUCAGAUGGAGCCUGCCGGUCCAGACGGGGAGGACCUGUACAUCAGCUGCACCAUGCCCUCCAUAGAACUGGGAACUGUGGGAGGAGGCACCAACCUGCCGCCACAGCAGGCCUGUCUGCAGAUGCUUGGUGUCCAAGGCAGCAGCCCCCACGAGCCCGGCGAGAACGCCCGUCAGCUGGCCCGGGUGGUUUGUGCCACCGUCCUGGCGGGAGAGCUCUCCCUGAUGGCCGCUCUGGCUGCCGGACACCUCGUCAAGAGCCACAUGAUCCACAACAGAUCUAAAACAAACUUAACACAAACACCUUCGUCACAGCCAGAAAGCUGCGUGACAUAAAAAUGUUGCAGCUUCAUCCUUGGAAUCAGUCAGAGAAGGAAAAACCCACUCCAGACACCUGCAGAAGACUGUGCUGAGAGGACUGAAGCGUCUCUGAAUGAAGGAAGUGCUGCAGGGACAUUAAAAAAGUCUCGACACGCACUGAAAGACCUCGACCUGACGUCUGCUCGCUUUGUUUGUCGCCCGACUGAUUGCAAAAAGACCUUCUUUUUUUUUCUGAGAUGUUAUGUUGCAGCUACUUCUUCGUGCCAUUUGUCUGCAUCUGAAUGUUGCACUAGUGAGACAAGUUGACUUACAUUUUUUUGAGAAAGGCCACAACUGUGAAUCACCGACGGUGUUUGGAUUAGUUCAAAUCCACCAAGCUGCACAAAGAACACGUCAACCUGUGCCUCCAAAAAAAAGCAACACAGCUGAAACUUUUUUUUUUUUUGUUUUGCACUUGCCAAAGGUUCGCUUGAGACAGCGCUGUAACAAGUUUAAAAUGCCAACUUUCUGCCUGAAUGUAUGUUGUAUGAUAUCAGUGUUGUAGGAUAUCUCUUGCGCUGCUGUAUUAGCAAGUGUACCUGAAAAAAAAGCAGCCGCCGUCAAGAGGUUUCUGUCUCUAAACGGUUCCUUCUGACUCUGAAUAACCGACUUGAUAAAUCGUUAAAAGGCAGGAUGAUUCUUUGUGUCGAGGCCAAAUAGGAAAACCGGAAAAUCAAAGCCAUAUAAUGUAACUUAACGAGCUUUUAUGGUGCACUAAUUAUAUGUUACAGUAGGAGGAUGGGUUUAAUGCAUAAUCUGAUCACUGACCAGAGACGCUGCAGGGCCGUGAACUGUUCAGAACCGGCCCUACGUGUCUCUAAAGAUAACCUUUCACAUGUUCUCUGAUACGUUUUUAAGCUAUUUAACAUGAAAAGAUUGUACUAUGUUUUAUUUAAAAAAAAUAAAUAAAGAAAACACUACGUUC